UUCUUGUCACAUAGGACUCCCGAUGCGUGACAUCAUUUCAUUUACCCCGCUUUGAUCCUAUGGCUAACAUCUUCAUCAAUAUCACCAUCUCUCUGUAGCAUCAAUCCCAAAUAACGGAAGGUGUCCUUUGGUACUACAUGGCCUCCCAAGCUUACAUCUCCAUCCUCACUAAUUGUAGUACCAAAGUCACAUCUCAUAUACUCAGUUUUGGUCCUGCUAAUUCUAAAUUCUUUUGACUCUAGGGUCUGACGCCAUAACUCUAGCUUUCUAUUUACUCCUUCCCGGCUUUCAUAUACUAGAACUACAUCGUCAGCAAAAAACAUACACCAAGGGAUAUCUCCUUGUAUAACCCCCGUGACCUCAUCUAUCACUAAGGCAAAUAGAUAAGGGCUCAAAUUUGAACCUUGAUGUAGUACUAUGUAAAUCGAGAAAACAUUCGUAUCACCAUCAGUUGUUCGGAUGCUAGUCACAACCUUGUCAUACAUGUCCUUGAUGAGUGUAACAUACUUUGUUAGGACUUUAUGCUUACCCAAUACCCACCGUAUGAGAUUCCUAGGUAUUUUAUCAUAGGCCUUUUCCAAGUCGAUAAAAACCAUAUGCAAGUUCUUCUACUCCUUAUACCGCUCCAUGACCUGUCUUAUUAAGAAAAUUGCUUCUAUGGUUGAUCUUACAGGUAUGAAUCUAAAUUGGUUCAUGGUGACAUCAAAUCUUGCUUACAAAAGGCACAUGAGAUAUCGAUAAUAGUUCAACCUUUAGAGUCCCAAAUGCAUCUGUAGUUACGGACCAACAUUCAACUGUCUUCAGGGUAAAUCUUUGAUAGUGCAAGAUGAACUUGCAAGGCUAGGAGAACAGAUGGUACAAAGUGCUGAAGGAACAAGAGCUGUUGCUCUGGAGCUAUGUCAAGAAUUUGAAGAUAAAUUUCUUGCUCAUAUUACUUCUGGUGAGGGGUCCGGUUGGAAAAUAGUUGCAAGUUUUGAAGGCAAGUUGCCUGAUAGGAUUAAGCAACUUCCAUUGGACAUGUAUUUUGAUUGGAACAACAUGAAGAGGGUUGUGUUGGAAGCGGAUGGCUACAACCUUAUUUGAUAUCUCCAGAGAAGGGUUUACGAUCCUAAAUAAAAGGAGUUCUUGAAAUGGCCAAGGAGCCAUCACGACUCUGUGUUGAAGAAGUACAGAGUUUUGUUAGACAUAGUAAAUGCUGCUGCAAAUGCUACACCAGGACUAGGAAGAUACACUCCAUUCAAGCGGGAGGUCAUUGCAAUUGCAUCUAAUGCAUUAGAUGCUUUCAAAAUUGAUGCCAAAAAGAUGGUGGUUGCACUUGUUGAUAUGGAGCGAGCUUUUGUUCCUCCACAACACUUCAUCCGAUUAGUACAAGGGAGAAUGGAAAAACAGCGCCAUGAGGAUGAGUUGAAAAAUAACAGAGCAUCUAAGAAAGGGCAAGAUGCAGAACAGUCCAAGAUGAACGGGGCUUCAAGCCCCCAAAUAGUAUCAGAUGAAGGUGGUGGUAACCUGAAAUCAAUGAAGGAUAAAUCCAAUCAGCAAGAUAAGGAUACAAGAGAGGGACCAAAUUUGCAGGUUGCUGGGCCUGGUGGCGAAAUAACUGCAGGUUACCUUUUGAAGAGAAGAGCAAAAAAUAAUGGAUGGAGCAAAAGGUGGUUUGUUCUAAAUGAGACGAGUGGGAUGCUUGGAUACACUAAGAACCAAGAGGAGAGACAUUUCCGAGGCGUCAUUAUCCUGGAGGAAUGUAACCUUGUAGAGAUAGACAAGGAGGAGAUCUCAAAGAGUUCUAAGGAUUCAAAGAAGGCGAAUGGACAAGAGAAAGGCCCAAGUCUUGUUUUUAAGAUUACUAAUAGGGUUGCCUACAAAAGUGUCUUAAAAGCUCAUAGUGCCGUUAUAUUGAAGGCUGAGAGUAUGGCUGCCAAAAUAGAAUGGAUCAAGAAGAUAAAAGGUGUUAUUCAAAGCAGAGGGGGCUCUGUUAAGGGUCCAACUGAGGAUAGUUCUAUGAGACAAAGUCGUUCAGAUGGAUCCCUUGAUACAAUGACCCAGAGGCCUGCUGAUCCUGAAGAACUUCGAUGCAUGUCUCAAGAAGUUCGUGGUUAUGUUGAAGCUAGUUUGGCCGCAAAUGUUACAAAGUGCACAAAGCAAUGCAAAGAUCGAAGAACUACUCCAAGAGGACCACAAUGCUAAACGUAGGCGGGGAAAAUAUGAAAACAAUCAUCCCUCUCGCCAACUCAGCAUUCAUGACAAUAGAACAGCUUCAUAUGUGAACGAUAGUUCUGGAGCUGAGAGUAGCCCACGGUCUCCUGGCCACUCUGGUGAGGACUGGAAGUCCACCUUCGUCUCAGCAGCAAAUGACUCUGUUAACGGGUCGAGUUCACAGCAUGCGACAAGGUCAAGAGAUGCUGACAGAGGCCAGUGCCAUGAAAAUGGCGAUGCCAACUCUGGCAGCCGACGCACACCUAACUGGUUACCACCGGCACCACCAAGUGGGAGGAGAUACUAAGUAUGUUGAUUGAUCAUUACCUGUGACCAAUCAACAUCGUAUGCUCUUGCCAGGUUCUCAUCCGCUACAGAUAUUGGUGGAAGCGCACAUCUGGGACCAAAGAACAGAGAGCCUACUGGAAGAUGUGGAUGGAUGGUGUAUAUCAACAGGCUGAUUGGUUGUCGUGCCCCACGUGCCCAGACUCGUGCUGUGCAUUGACCGCGUGCAAGCGCCUGUUCGGUUGCCUGCCCCUUCGUCCACCGCAAUGUUUUCAAGUCGGACGACUUGCUGGUCGUUCUAGCUGACCGACUGGGGCAAUUAAUCGCGAUUAAUCACGAUUAGUCAGACAACUUGGACGAUUAAUCGUGAUUGGUCCAAAUCGACUUGGACGAUUAAUUGUGACUAAUCGCGAUUAAUCGGAUGACUUGAAAACAUUCACCGCCCUGCAUGCACGGAUAUAAUUUAGCGCUUUUUCACUGUCUGGCUUGCAUGCAUGGAGAAGUGGCCUUCCCUCACGGUCCAGGCGUGCUCGAGCCAGGAGCACGACAGCCUGGGAUCCAAUCAGCACCCAAGAGAACCAAAGUUGUUUAUAGAAAAUUAGAAACAUAUAGGUCAUUGGUGACUGUCAUUUCCCGAUCGUUUUGGAGUAUUGAUCCUUUGGAUCCUCAUAGCCAGUGGGAUUUUGUUGCCACUGAUCAGUUGGUUUUAGUUUUGUACGAUUCUGCUGUAAGUCGUGUCAACUCCCUUAUUGCCUUGGGGGCCUGGAUUAUUUGGAAUCAUCGG